AUGGAGAAAGAAAAAGAAAAAGUGCAUUUAGACACGAUACUAAUAGAGGAAAUAGGGGAGUUUGGGAGUUUCCAGAAGAGGGCGUUAGGGUUGGCUUUGUUAGUGGCUCUACUUGGCGGGUAUAGUGGGAACGAGUAUGUGUUUACUGCUGCUAGAAUAACCACCAGAUGCCUAAUCCCAGAAUGCGAAACCAGCGGUGAUUCGAAUUGGUUGACCAUGGCGAUACCCGAAGAUGGUGGGUCUUUCGACAACUGCAAUAGAUUCAACUCGACAUGGCUCGGAGGGAAUGCUAGCUGCUCGGUUAAUGACUUCGACAGGGAUCUUAUUGUGCCAUGCGAGGAUUAUGUAUAUGAGAAUACAGACACCGCGGUGUAUGAGAUUCGUUAG